AUGGCCGUUUCGCCAGCCGGGUCUGUUGGCUCUACAAAGCGCUCCUUGUCCCUCGAAGACGAGGACUACUUUAGCCCGGUUGAGUCUUCAGAUGAUAAGAUAGAGCAGACAUCGCCAGUCCUAUAUCCAGCGGCGACGAGAACCUCGACUGCGGACGCUGAGACACUGCCUCCGACCAGCUCCGUUGAUAUACCUCUUGCCGUUCCGGCUCAGCAGACCACGCCGAACGCUGGGACGCUCCCUUCUUUCGGCUCCUUGAACACCCCCCUGGCGUCUCUUGCUCAGCAGACCACACCCCUAGCAGCCUAUUUUUCCAACACUGGCUGCCCGGACAAGCCCUACUUCUCGACUUCGGCGAGUAGGUGGUGUAUAAAUGGGCCAAACAACAUCAGCCCACGCCGUGAUAAAGCAUUCCGAGAUGUUGUGCUCAACCGCGACGACACGGACUGGUCGCCGGGUAACCAGUCCCAGCCAUCACCAUCCACCUCCCGCCCCCAGCCCCCAGCCUUGGGGUUACAACAUGGACAUGGUGUUCAAAAGACAUUGGAGAAGAUUGUGGAGGCUAGCAACCACGUGGAAAGAUAUUCCCCGGGAAUGCCGUGCCAGAAACCCCCCCCUGGCCCAUCAUCGAAGCUCUCUCCACUGUCGGCCUCGAAAUCUCUUCCCCUGCCGCCGUCCACACCGUUGACUCCCAGCGUCAAGCGUCCCCGACCAGCAGCCGACGAUUUGGGUGAUACGCCCCCCGCAAAACAGGUGGGGAAAUAUUUGAAGAAAUACGGAGUGAGGAAGGAAUACGAAGACUAUAUGGAACACAAAGCUAAGAGCAAGAUGCUUAGAAAAAAGAUAGAGGAGCUCGAAGAUGAGUUAGUGCAGAGCGAGGACAAGGAACAAUCCGCGUUGGAACGGCUACAGGCAAAAUGUAAUCUUGCUUGA